UGGCUUUCCAUAGACGUCUCAUACAAAUCGUAAUGGCGCCCGUAUCCAAAUUUCUAGUCUAGUCAACUUGCGAACGAGCAUAUAUUCCUUGCCAUGGACCAAGAAAUGAGAAAGCUAGUGAAGCGAUUGACACAAUUUCAGGAAGGUUCAGAGAAUUUCAGACGAACACUUCAGUUUGUGCAGUCCAACUUUAGAUUUCAUCGCUAUCUGGACCCAGACAGCCACAAAAUUACAAGAACUUUCAAAGGAAUUCGAGAGAAAUUGUUGAUCCACUCCCACUCAGAGAAAGCUUCUGCUCUCGAUAGAUCUGUGGAGACAUUCUUGGAAACUCCCCUCUCAGAGAAAAGUAAACAUAACAAGACCGAGGGCCACUAUGCAGUGCUGUCACUUUUACUCAAUUUAUCAAACUCUCCUAUAAAUGCUGCGUUUCAAGCAAGGGCACCGCAGCAUGAACCAGCCCCUGAACCAAAGUUUGACUGGACUAGGUACUUACUGGAAGGACUAGAACCCAUCAAAUCAUUCCAAGAUUCAUCUGAUGAGGAGUGGUCAGAUGAAGAAGAGGUUCCUCUUACUGAUCAACGUCUGUCAAGAGAGGGUGCCCUUCAGGCUGAUUCCCAGUAUAUCACUCCUUCAAGACGCCAUGGAAGUAGCAAGCUGUAUGGGGCAGGCUGGGAAGAGCUCAAUGAGAGCGUUGUGGUACAGUACUGGCAGGGAGAGCAGGAUUCUACGCUCCAUAGUGAUCAUGUGACACAUCACAUGACCAGACAGUGGAGUGAGAGAGAGGUUUCCAGUGAACCCUUCCUGUCUGACAUACCAAGAACUACUAUGACAGAAACACACAUCAUCAGAGAAACAAUAUGGACGCUUCUAGGAGCAGGGAACUCUUUUCUGUAUCAGAGGAGAGAUGAUGGUUACGUAGCAAGAGAGGAUGUACAAGUCACACAUCUUACUCCCACUGCAUUACAUGGCAUUACCAGACAGCUGGCUGAGCUUGGAUCUAAGGUCUUACAGCUACAAGCUUUCAUUGACAGAGUGCAGUCCCAUCCAAUGAGCUACUGCACACCUAAGAAAGCACACCGUCCGUCUAUCUCUUCAGAGAAAGAGCUAGAGUCGCCAAAAGUAGAAGUAGCCAAUGGAGCCCAGGCUGGCUCAAGACUCCCAUCAGUUACAGACUCUGAAUCAGGGCUGGGCAGAACCCGGUCUCUCCCUGAUCUUCUCAAAGAUACCAGGGACCAGGAUGCUGCGGAGACGAAGCACUUCAACUGCCAGACCUACGAGGCAUUCGCUGACGGCCUGGCCAAAGUUCUUCAGGAUUUCAGAAGCUCUCUCAUAGAGGAGGAAAAGAAGGUUGUAGCUCAAGAUGAGACCUACACACUCUGUAUGUUCAAAGACUGGCUCUUGUCAGCGUGGGUUCCUAGACUUCAUCUGGCACACACCAUGUACAGGCAGGGCAUAGGAGGACCCUCAAAAGAGCUUUCAUCCCAUCGGGUCUAUUCGCUGCUUCAUGUUCUUCACAUGGCCAUCAAAGAACAUUUCUGUCUUGCUUUUCAGGACAAUAAAGAGCUUGAUCUGCUAUGGCAUCUAUGGACAGUCACAACGGGGCCAUACAUCAGCUUCAUCACUAAGUGGUUAAGAUAUGGAAUCUUAUCAGACCCUGCUCAAGAGUUUGCUAUUCGCAGGAAUCCAGAGAUCCACAUCAAAGCAGAAAGCUACUGGAAGAAGGCAUUCAGCUUACAAACCUUACAAACGGAUGACACAGAUGGCGCCCUCCUCUCCGUACCAGCCAAUAAGAAGGGAGAGCGGAGGUCGUCGGCCAAGAGAAGCGUGCCUAGUGCAGUACCUGAGUUUCUUCAGCCGGUCCUGUCACAUAUCCUGUUAGCAGGGAAGUCCAUGGAGAUCCUGGAAGCAACAGGCAAGCUGACAAGAGCAAGACAAGACGUGUUAGGAGGUGAGAUGAUUAAAACAGAAUAUUUACAAUAUUCAUCAGAUCUGGAGAUAUUGUUCCAGAUGUCCAACUGUAUGAAACCAGGAGGGCAUCAGACGUACACACAGGCCAUGAGUGCAGACAAUCAGUCAAGUAGUCGUCUUCCACGGUCCUCCGGCUCAGCAGGGGAUGUAGCAGAGAUGGUAGAGAGACAGCUCUCCCUGCGAGGGUACAAUGAUCCCCUGAUUGCUAGUGGGAUCAGCCAUGUUGGUCUCAGACGGGAUCAUGCAGGGGAUGACUUUGAUCAGGUCAAAGAGGUGGAGAGAGACGCAGAUUUAUCUAAGCCUUUGGAGUUGGUAUUGUAUCGAGACCUCUACCCUGGCAUUGUGAGGAGGUGUCAGUCAGUAUGCCGUCAACUUGCUGCUGUCCUCAAGAAAGACUUCAGCCUUCAAGACCAUUUGCUUUCUAUGAGACGUUUCUUUCUUCUCGAGGCUGGUGAUGUGAUGUAUGAUUUUUAUUCUGAGCUCUUUGAUAAGAUACGUCGACAUGAGUCUUGGCAGGAUACACUCAAUCUGAACUAUCAUCUGCAAGAGACGCUGAGUGUGAGGUACCCGGAGGAGGCAGCUAGGAUAAUGGUGAGUGUGGAGCCGGAGAGACUGACAGGAAAGAUGGCAACACAACCAAUCCAUGCACUCGACUCUCUCACCUUACAUUACAAGGUUCCAUGGCCAGUAGACAUUGUGAUUCAUCACCAUGCCUUAGACGUCUACAAUCAAGUAUUCAGGUUUCUACUCCAAGUCAAGAGGGCUCAGUACUGCUUACAACAACUAAGGUUUCCAGAUCUGUUGAUUUCGGCGAACCUUGGACAUCUCACGGAAGACAGUGACCAUGAGAGGCUUCACAGAGGUCAAGCUGACGAGACGCUGAGAGAGAAGUUACCUCUGAUCCAUCGUCUGUUCAUCCUACGCUUCCGACUACUGCACUUUGUGAAUGCAGUGCAUAACUACCUCAUGACAAGAAUCCUCUACAGCACAAGUCUAGAGUUCUCCGCUGCUAUAGACCAAGCCUUGGACCUGGACCAGAUCCUGGCUGCUCACAAGUCUUACCUGGCCAAGAUAUCCGAGAGAUGUCUGCUUCAUCACAAGGUCAGCUUCGUCAGGGAAGCCGUCUCUAAGGUCCUCAACCUGGCAAUCACCUUUCAGAGACGAUGGGAUGCUGGGGUACAUACCUUCAGCAUUGAAAACGUGGCCAAGGCUGAAGAAGAGUUCUUCAAUUGCAACGAGUUUCUCUCUACUCUACUCGCUAACAUCAUCAGAAGAGGCACCUUUCCACAUUUGGAGGCUUUGGCGCUGUCUCUGUCUGGUCCAAAACCAAAGGCCAAAUCUGGAGACCAAGAUGAGAGAUGAGAACCCACUGGAGGUUAGAGAUGCAUUCCAGAUGGUGUAACCAUCAAAACAUUCUUGGAAACUGUUGAAAACAGAGAGACUGGAACAUGUUGUGGAGGCUAGAGAUGUGUUUCAGAUGUUGAAACCAUCGAAUCAUUCUUGGAAACUGUUGAAAGAUUGGAACAUGUUGUGGAGGUUAGAGACUCGUUUUAGAUGGUGUAACCAUCAAAGUAUUCUUGGCAACUGUUGAAAACAGAGAGACUAGCACAUGUCAUGGAGGCUUUUUGAACCAUCUCUUUCCGACUCUAAACAAGAGGAGAAGCCUAAAAAAACGAAGACCAGAGAUGAAUAUCUAUUGAAGACUAAUGAAACCAUCAAACCAUUUUUGGAAACAGAGACCAGAGACAUCCAAGCAUGAAGGCUCUGGCUCUAUCUCACUCUGGUUUUAGACCAAGAAACUAGUUGAAAGACAAAUAUAAGCGGAGUAUUUUGAUAAUAUUAUUUACCACUGACUAUUUUUCAUCAAAAGGGCCGCUUUUUGGAAGCCCCCUCUAAAUUAGGAGCUACAAAUUUGUAUUUAAAAAAAAAAACCUGAAAUAUUGUUUAUAAACAAGGCGUGUGCUUAGUUUAUGAAGUAGUGGCAACCAAACCUUUAAUACUGGAGAACAGAACUAUAAGAGGGUUAGAAAUUGCAGAUGAGACAUCGUACAUAGAACUUUCCAAAAGCUGCUGAUAUUCACAGUUGAGAAGCAUCUGAAGUUCUCACUUGUUUUUCUACAGACAAUUGGACAUAAUGUCGAAAAAGGAUUUGAAAUCUAUACUUUUUCAAGGUCCAAUAGUUAUUUUACCACACUGUAUGGGCAGGUCCUGUGGCAGUGAAGUAAAUAUAAACUUGUGAAUCUUUUUUGUUUUAAUUGCAAGACCAGGAUUUGUUGUGGCAGGACAAACUCAAGAUAUCUGUUCAUGUUUUGGAAAGGUAUAUCUUACCCCAACCCUAUCUGUAUAUCUUUGACAAAACAUAGUUAAGAGCAAUUAUCACCAGACAAAAUGUCUACAGCACUGAAUUGCUCUGAAGAAUUGCUGAAUACCUGUGUUUUAUGAUUUUGUUUUAGAGAUUACAAUGAAGUAUAAAGAUUUCUAUUUGUGCUAAAUAUUAUUUGUACACAAAUUAUAUAAUAAAUUAAAACAAAAUUAUAAUAAGCAAGCAAUUUGUGUAGUUGAUAGUAAGAAGGUUGUAAAUUUGAUAUGCAAUAUCACUGGAAUGGAACAAUUAAGUGAUUAACAGAUGUUAUGGUUGCUGUGUAGGCCUUAAAACAUUCUCUAUGAACAUUUACUUAAAUCAAUACAGUUCCACCAAACUGACAAAUAUGUAUUGCAUGUGAAAUAAUUUAGUUGUUAUGACUCUGCUAACCGAGGAUGGUGAAGGAGAUAUUAGGGACUUUUAGAUUUGCACGUCGCCAUACUGGACUUCUACAUCCUUUUAAGGCAUUGGCAGCGCCUUAAAAGGAUGUGACACGUAGCAGUCCAUCAUGUCGAUGUGCAAAUCUAAAAGUUCCUAUUAUGUUUUUGUGUUGUGUGUCCAUCCGUCCAUACAUCUCGCUUUUUCAUGAUAUCUCAAGAAGCAGGAGAGAUCUUGGGUUUUAAAUUUGGUGAUAGUACGUAUCAUCAUUGGAAGACAAUCUGAUUAGAUUUUAGGGCAAGUAAAACAAAGGUCAAAAGUCUUUGAGGUCUCUUCUUUAUUUUAAAUUAGAGGUACUACCGUCAUUAUCACAGUAUGUCAAGAACUUCUUGAGGUAUGAGCUUUAAACAUGGCGACUAUUAUUACUAUAGGAAGAUAAUCCAAUUAAAUGUUGGGGCUAGUAGGUCAAGAUCAUAUUCAUCAGUUGAUAUUCGAUUAGAGGCUUUUUGUCUUCAUUGUGAUAUGUCACAAAUAAAUUUCAUCUAUUUCCUAUACUGAAUGUAGGGUGGAGGCAUAUAGAAGAUGCAGUCCCAUUUGUCUUUUAUAACAAAAAAUAAAUGUUGUUAUAUUAUACAUUCUG